AUGCACACCGCCCUCGCCGCACUCCUCUCAGCCGCCCUCGUGGCCGGCCAAACCAACACCGAGCUGCAAUCCAGCUUCCCCACAGCCAGCAGCACCACCGCGCUGGCGGCGGUGCAAACGAUCGCCGCGGGCGAGAGCUUUGACGGCUCGAUGCUCGAGUGGGACCGCAACCCGUCGACGUGCAGCGAGCAGGCCGAGGGAGGCGACUCGGAUGCUGUUUUCAUCUUGGAGGAGGGCGCCACGCUGAGCAAUGUGGUUAUUGGACCGAAUAAUGGAGAGGGCGUGCAUUGUUUGGGGGCUUGUACGCUGAAUAAUGUCUGGUGGACCAACGUCUGCGAAGACGCAGCAACCUUCAAACAAUCCUCGGGCACAUCCUACGUCAACGGCGGCGGCGCACGCGGAGCCGACGACAAAGUCCUGCAGCACAACGGAGGCGGCACGGUCGCCGUCAAGAAUUUCCUGGUCAGUGACGUCGGCAAGGUCUACCGGUCGUGCGGCAACUGCGACGAGAUGCACGAGCGGCACUCGACGUUUACCAACAUCAAGGUUGUGGAUGGCGCCAAGGUGGUCGCGGGGAUUAACAGCAACUAUGGGGAUACUACGACUAUUACCGACUCGUGCUUGUUGGAUGGGGCGGAGUGCUGGUUGUAUGAGGGGAAUGAUACGGGGGAUGAGCCGACUAAGGUUGGAGAUGGGCCGGAUGGGAAGUACUGUAUUACUUCGGGGAUUAAGACGUCGGGGUGCUAG